UAAUUCAAAGAAACGUGCAAACGGUAGCAUAUAUGUAAAUUUGUAGACCAAGAAGGUGAGAUUCAAAAGAUUGUCUUAUUUAAUGGCGCGGUCCUGAGAUCUCUUGCAUCGUGAGUAUCGAACCAGAGUCAGAGUAGCAAUGGGUUUGAAGGAGGACUUUGAAGAGCACGCAGAGAAAGCCAAAACCCUCCCGGAGAACACGACGAACGAGAACAAGCUCAUCCUUUACGGACUCUACAAGCAAGCGACGGUUGGACCCGUGAAUACAAGCCGUCCGGGUGUGUUUAGCCAGAGGGAAAGAUACAAGUGGGAUGCCUGGAAAGCAGUAGAAGGCAAGUCAAAGGAGGAAGCAAUGGGUGACUACAUCACUAAGGUGAAGCAAUUGCAGGAAGAGGCUGCAGCUGCAACUGCUUAAAAAAGUAAACUUGUUCUCCCCAGGGAAACAGUAUGAACUUUAUUGUAACUUUAUUUAUCAGCUCUAUUUCUCUCCAUCACCGGUGUUACUUUUAUGGCACCAUCGAACGCUUGUGUUCCUAUUUAUAAACAUGAUGCAUCUGAUUAAGUGAUCUGUUACUGUUUAAAUUAAGGAGUGUUUAGCUUAA